UGAGCACAACCUUCCCACACACUUUCCCCUCUCUCGUAACCUCAUCUUGUUACGCUGCGUGUUUGUGUGUGCGCGAGAGCGAGAGACAGAGAGAGUAUAUUCGAGAGAGAUUUCAACAAUCACUUUACAACACCCCCUUCGCCUCUUUCUGACUAUUUGCGUCUCAAUCAUCUCGAUGCAAGUGACGGAGCUAGAGGAACAGGGACAAGAGAGAUGGGCGACAAUGUAUACAAGAUCACCAACCUGUGCGACGCCAUCGAUCAAUCCAUCUUUCCAAGCUACCGAUCAAGUCUGAUGCAGCACCAUUGAGAAAUAUAUUUGACGAUAGAACAGAGGGAGCAUCAAAGCUACAACUCUUUUGAAUUAAUUAGCCAGUUACUUUGGAAUGUGAUGCAUUUACAAUACAUGUCGGUUUAUUUUACUUCAAUGAAGGAUGGCAGACUACGGACGCGUCCUCAUCUUCCCCGCUGCUAUCAGCAAACAGAAUGUAGUCUACGAAUUGUAAAAUAGUCAAUUUUUUACAUAUCUUCUGGAUUUUGGGCAUAUGCGCGCAUUGGAAAGGUAUACGUCUAUAGGCUAUAUUUUCUUUAUUGAUGGACAGACGUGGUGUGUAAGCGCAGAUAACCUAGCUGUUGGCGUACACCCUAAAUCUCUACACACGUUUCUUUAUGUAUGAUAACCCCGACCUUGUCAUAUCGAUGAAAGUAGGGGUGAUUUAUGUUACGCAUUUCACCUAUUUCAAUACUGACACAUCGUUCUGUGAAUUUCAAACACAUUUCUGAUGGCUUGCAAUAAUCAGCAGUUUAUUUCACAGAAAUACUGAAUGCAUUUGACAAACAAUUGACAGAUUAGCCUACUUGUUUAUUGAUCAUUAUAUUGAUCAUUAGGCUAUCAGAGAGUGUUUUUAAAAAGAACGCCAGUUACGGUAUUGAAAGAGUAAUACGCUGCAAAAAUAAACACAACAAAAAGAUGAAAAAGAUCAGCCUCAGAAGAGAUUCUGUAGGUUACCGAGAAAACGGCAAAGGGGUCACAUUUCAGCGUUGGGGUUGUGAGACAGUCGGAAGAGAAGGAACCGGGGUAAGAGACCAAGGAGACGCUGCGGCCAAGGAGCCUUCUGUGGGACUGCACGACAAGGAGCUACCGCUGCCAGCGUUGAAAAGCAUGGCUUGGGGUUGGUGGAAGAAAGAAUCGAAUAAUCUUGAGACAUCAUAACGAUCAUUAUAACAGUAUACAUCACGAUAUCUUUUGAGUAAUAGGCCAACCGCAUUCUUGAUUGUGUUAGGUGUGGCAAGUAGCCAUUUAAUACAUAUAUAUAUUGGUCAUUAUUAGCAUAUUUUAACAAAGGCUAUUUAUAAUGUGUAGUAUUUACUAAUAUGUAUAAUCUAAAGUCUGUGUGCAAGUAUAUUUGAAUAAUAGCCUACUUGUAUUCUUAGUUGCACUGACCAUAUAGCAUUGUAAUAAUGGGAUGUUUAGAAAGACAUUAACACAGACACAAGCUAAGUCCAUGUCACAAGCGACACAAACUCAUUUGAAAACAGUAUCCUGUUAAUGUGCUUCUCCAAAAUCUGCACACUGAUGAGAACUGCUAGCAAGAUGACCAGCCUUAUCACUCAUUGUCCUCAAAAAUGCACAACACUUUGGCAAAGGACAUGUGCUUACUUCACGGAGAACUAUCUUCAUUUAUUGAAAGUGUAUUAUCAUAAAUGCAAUUGCACACACUUAAAGAACAUCUACAGUAAAGGUGAACAUUUUCAGAUGCAUACUAAUUUAGCUUAAACUAAUGAGAUGCACACACUCCUAUUCCUUGUCCAUUGUGAUGUGAAGAGUACCACUUUGGUAGUGAUAAAGGGGUAUGGAUACCAGGCAACUUUAAGUGUCUCAAAUGUGGUCACAUAGAUUGCUGUUAAGCACAAGCUAACUUAAAAAGGAGAGGACCCUAUACCCUAUUACUGGACACAUCUCAGCCUACACAUCUCAGUCUGUGUUGUGGACCAACAUAACCUGGAACCUUUCUACUAACCCCCCUGCUUAAGCAACUUGGAAACCAACCUUGACUCUGUUGACUCCCUGAUAUAACUCAGUUGUCAAGCUGCAGUACUUGGAAAUCAACAACUCACAACCUGACUUUUGGAGCACGCUCGCGAUCGCAGGAAGAGCAUUGCCACUGCGAGACAGCCAAGCAUGGAAAUCCCUCCCACUGCCCCCCAACAACCCUUCAGACAACAAAGCUUCCUCAGUCGAAAGUUGAAGGGCUCCAUCAAAAGGGCAAAGAGCCAGCCCAAGCUGGAUCGAACCAGCAGCUUCCGCCACAUGAUUCUACCCCGUUUCCGUAGUGCUGAUCAGGAGAGGACACGUCUAAUGCAGAGCUUCAAGGAGUCCCACUCUCAUGAGUCCCUGCUUUCCCCUAGCAGUGCAGCGGAGGCUCUGGACCUCACGCUGGAUGAAGAUGCUGUCAUCAAACCUGUCCACUCCAGCAUAUUGGGCCAGGAGUACUGCUUUGAGGUGACCACCAUUUCAGGGACAAAAUGCUUUGCCUGCCGCUCGGCUGCAGAGAGAGACAAAUGGAUUGAGAAUCUACAGAGAGCUGUCAAGCCCAACAAGGACAAUAGUCGAAGGGUGGACAAUGUGCUUAAGCUAUGGAUCAUUGAGGCCAGGGACCUUCCUCCUAAGAAGCGGUACUAUUGUGAGCUGUGUCUGGAUGACAUGCUGUAUGCGCGCACCACCAGCAAGCCCCGCACGGACACUGUCUUCUGGGGCGAGCACUUUGAAUUCAACAACUUGCCUGCCAUUCGUAGCCUACGCCUGCACCUUUACAAGGAGACAGACAAAAAGCGACGCAAGGAGAAGAGCACGUACCUCGGCCUGGUCACUAUCCCCAUAUCGAGCAUCACAGGCAGGCAGUUUGUGGAGCAGUGGUACCCGGUGAUCCAGCCCAGUGCUUUGGCUAAGGGUGGCGGUGUAGGCAGUGGCAAGGUCAUCAAUGCCUCAAUCCGCCUCAAGUCCCGCUACCAGACCAUGAGUAUCCUGCCCAUGGAGCUGUACAAGGAGUUCGCUGAGUACAUCACCAAUAACUACCGUACGCUGUGUGCCGUGCUGGAGCCUCUGCUCAGUGUCAAAAGCAAAGAGGAGGUGGCGUUCGCGCUGGUGCACAUUCUCCAGAGCACGGGCAAGGCCAAGGACUUCCUGUCAGACAUGGCAAUGUGCGAGGUGGAUAGAUUCAUGGACAGAGAGCAUCUGAUCUUUCGAGAGAACACCCUUGCUACUAAAGCCAUAGAGGAGUACCUCAAAUUGAUAGGGCACCGGUACCUCAAGGAUGCCAUAGGAGAGUUCAUUCGAGCUUUAUACGAGUCAGAGGAGAAUUGUGAAGUGGAUCCCAUGCGUACUCCACCGUCUGUCCUGGCCGACCACCAAGCCAAUCUUCGCAUGUGCUGCGAGCUGGCACUCUGCAAGAUUGUCAACUCUCAUUGUGUGUUUCCGCGGGAGCUGAAGGACGUCUUUGCCUCCUGGAGGGUCCGGUGUGCCGAGCGGGGAAGGGAGGACAUCGCAGACCGCCUCAUCAGCUCCUCCCUCUUUCUACGCUUCCUGUGUCCCGCCAUCAUGUCGCCCUCUCUCUUCAACCUCACCCAGGAGUACCCCGGAGAGCGGACAUCCCGCACACUUACCCUCAUCGCCAAGGUGGUGCAGAACCUGGCCAGCUUCUCCAAGUUUAGUGGCAAAGAGGACCACAUGUGUUUCAUGAACGAGUUUUUGGAGAUGGAGUGGGGCUCCAUGCAGCAGUUCCUGUACGAGAUCUCCAACAUGGACACGGGGAGCAACGCCGGGGGCUUCGAGGGCUACAUCGACCUGGGCAGGGAGCUGUCAGUGCUCCACAGCCUGCUGUGGGAAGUCAUGGCCCAACUGAGCAAGGACGCUAUUCUGAAGCUUGGUCCCUUGCCACGUCUGCUGAAUGACAUCAGUGUAGCCUUGAGGAACCCCCAGCUCCACCGGCAGGCCAGCCACCAGCCAGACAGGCAGCAGGACAGGCUCAUCACACGGCCCUCCUUCAACCGCCUGGUAUCAUCCGAUUUCCAGAGCCUUAUGAUGCGGGACCUCAACAGCUCAAUAGACAUCUCCCGUCUCCCCUCCCCAACCGCGGGAUUAUCUGGGGGUGGUGUCCUCUCGUCUCAUGUAAGCAUGGGAAGCUUUGCGGAACGAGACCCCCACGGCUCAAAGGACGUUUUCUACGUGACCCGCCCCCCCUUGGCUCGGUCCAGCCCUGCAUACUGCACCAGCAGUUCUGAUAUCACUGACCCAGACCCAAAGGUCCUCAGUGUGAACAAAAGCGUGUCCAUGAUGGACCUGCAGGACUCACGCAUGAAUAGCAUCUCCAACCUCCAUUCAGUGGGCGAUAUGCUCAACUCCUCCCAGGCCUCUAUAGCAGGCUUGGGCCACAGUUUCGGGAACCUGGGCGGCCCGCUUCGCAUGGGAGGCCAUAUGUCCGCCGGUGGCUCUGGGAGCUCCGGCUUGAGGCUAAGCCAGAUGGGGGGACCCCUUCACCACAUGGGGGGUCCCACUGACUCUCUCUCCCAGCAGCAGCAACAUGCGGCAGCCGCCAUGCACUUCCCCCUCUCCUUCCAGAAUCCCCUCUUCCAUCUGGCUGCCGACGGCCCACGGGGUCAGCCCCACAGUCGUCCUCAGGCCCAGCCACCUCCCCCUCCACUCUUGUUGGCCCCAGAGCUUGACAAUGCCCACCACCAACAGGGCUACAUGCGGGCAUUCGGCCACGGCGGCUUCUCGCGUAGCGAGGACCUUUCGGCCCUGCGGCCACAGAGCAGUCUGGUGCAGCCCAGUGUUGUCCACUCACACAGCUACAGUGACGACUACACACGGCAAAACCAGAACGCUGAAUACGCCCGGCGCCAGCUUUCGCUGCAAGUGCAGGAGAAUCUUCAGCAGCAGAUUCUUAUGGGCAUGACCCCUCAGACGGCCACAGGCACGGGCACUCCCACCUCCUUGGCCACUCCCCCCUCCACCGUGCACCCUGUCCGUCAUGGCUCCAUAGCACCGCCUCCCCCGCAGCGCCUCAAAUCCCAGCUGUCCAUCAGCCCCGGGGCCACCUCCACCCCUCCCAAGGCCCGCCCCCAGAGCAGGAACCUCCUUCUCCAGUCGCCCGACUCCAGCUUUGGCGGCAGGCAGCCCUCGCAACAGCAACAACAGCAGCAGUUGUCUGUCAAACAGUCUGACAGCCCAGCCCCUGGGCUCCCGCACCAGUCAAGCUCGGCCAGAGACGGCCAGGGGGCGCCACAAGGGGGGAACGGAGAGACCACAGACACCCCGACUAAGAGCACAAAGCAGCCUCAGACCACAGACACCCCAACUAAGAGCACCAAGCAGCCUCAGCCGCAGUCCCAGCAGCAGCAUCCACAGCAGCACCUGCUCAAGCCUACAGUCAAUAAACAGGCUUCUCAGUCCCCCUCCACCCUGACCCCCAACGAGCGCACUGUGGCUUGGGUGUCCAACAUGCCACACCUCUCUGCUGACAUCGAAAUAUUGCGUAGCUCAUCGAACCUUGAGGACCUCAAGCUGAAGGAGUACUCUAAGAGCAUGGACGAGUCACGCAUGGAUAGGGUAAAGGAAUAUGAGGAGGAGAUCCAUUCCCUGAAGGAGCGUCUGAUAAUGUCCCAUCGGAAGCUGGAGGAGUAUGAGCGCAGAAUGCUUUCACAGGAGCAGCAGACCAGCAAGAUCCUAUCACAGUACCAGAGCCGGCUGGACGACAGCGAGCGCAUGCUGAGGCAGCAGCAGCUGGAGAAGGACAGUCAAAUCAAAGGCAUUAUCAACAGGCUCAUGGCUGUGGAGGAUGAGUUGAGAGUGAGUGCCAUUCCUGAAAUCAAGCCCAGAAUGUUCAGAGAGCAGGAAGAGGACUCUUCCUCUCUGGGUUCAGCAGACCCCCAUGGUCUCCCCGGAGGGGGGGGGGGGACAGCCACCACCACUGCCAGGCCCGGGGUCUCCUUUUCGGGUGUCUCCUGUGCCAACUCCCCUUGGAAAGGAGCCCUUCCUCCCCUCCCACCUCCCCGCCUACACGUCAGCCACAAUGGGGAACUCCAUGGCAACCAAGCCUACCCCUCGACUACUACCAUGGUUACGCCAGCCAGGAGCACGGCAUCUUGGACCUCGGCAACAGCAGCAUCAGAUCUGAGUUUAACCGGGGGGAGAGCAGUCUAAUAACAAAAUCCAAUCCAACCGUUUUACGGAGGACACCCUGGAACCUGACUGGCAGAGCUGAUAUUGGUCCCGGCAUAAUCCUAUUGGCUGGCAAAACAUGGAAGAGGUCUGCAGUACCUGGCUGCCCCAGAUCUGUUGAUUUCCCACAACAAGCUGGGGGUCUUCACAUGCUCACACACACACACACACACACACACACACACACACACACACACACACACACACACACACACACACACUCCUUCAUGUGUUUGCUCUUUCUCUCCCUCUCUCUGCAAUACCACUGUAAGUUUUGACCCUGGUGACAAUCAGCUCAAUAUGAGUGGUGAUGUUUACAUUGUUUGUGUGUUGCAGUGGCCCAUUCACGAGUGAUGAAACAUGGCAAUAUGAACCUGUUGUUUCUGUUUUAAUAGGUAUGACAAAGCACAAUACUGAGAAAGAGAGAGAAAGAGACUUUGGGGUACACCAAGAUUCCUCCCCCUACCUCAAAUAUUCACUUCACUUUAUUAAUUCCCCUGUGACAAACCUACUACACCCAGGCCUUCGCGAAAGCAGUAGGUUUUUUAACUGCUAUGCUGAACGCGUAACCCGGGGCCAGCGGGUAGAAUUCUUGAAAACAGAACCAGCACCCGGGGGCCUGUCAGAGAAACACGCUGCUUACGCUCAUGUUUCAUUAAAAACAAUGGGAGCAUCUGAUACCCAGUAAAAGUAACGCGUCGAGUUAUGCUGUCAACCACUAUGGCUCUAAUUUAUGUUUUUUUUAUGUUCUUAGUAUUACAGACGGUGAAUGAAAUGAAAGCCUAAUGCUUGUUCUCAGACUAUAUAUCUCUGUAAUGCCGUGAACAUAUCUAUCUCUCCGGCCUAAUUGUUUCCUCCUUUUGUUUUUGUAUUGCUAUUCUCUAUCUCUACCCGAGAGUAAACAAACUAAAUAUGCACAGCCCUACGUUUCACAACAGAAGGACAAAAGGUUUCGAUUUCUAUGUCACCUGGAUACAAUUUCAACCUAAGGAGCUGGGACAUAUGGACAUAGUUUUACAUUUCCUGCAUAUGUAUUUUAAUUAUAUGAAUUACUCACCUGGACAUGUCGGGUGUUUGUUUCUCUAAAUUGAUAUCCCAGUAAGGUUUCUUUACAUUGUGGACGAUUCCUCUGGACCACUUCGCUUUUGAAUGUAUGGGUUCUCUUUGAGAUGGAAAAGAGGUGGAUUUGACCUGCUCUGCCUCCAUCAAAGUCUGGGACACACUGCCCUCUUUUGACCAUAGUAUCAAUCUGCACUAGAUAGCGGAGGAAGGACGCUUCCUCAAGUGGUGCUCAGCUACGGAGCUCGUGUUUGGCUGGGGAUCAGGGAUGCUACAAUUGUCAUGAGUGCCCUGCCCCAGUUGAAUUGACGCCACUCUUUCACCUUGGACUCGUGCAGAUGCCUGGACUCCAACCUUCAGGUCGUACUCACCUCCCCUUAUCAUCACAGAGGGGUGUGGCAAAACAAUCAUCAGAUGGAAUUACUUCAUGUCUCAACCUUUGAAUGGGUGUAACUGUUCCUUGCAUAUAUAUAUAUACAUACACACACACACACAGUACCAGUCAAAAGUUUGGACACACCUACUCAUUCAAGUGUUUUUCUUUAUUUUUACAAUUUUAUACAUUGUAGAAUAAUAGUGAAGACAUCAAAACUAUGAAAUAACACAUAUGGGAUCAUGUAGUAACCAAAACUGUGUUAAACAAAUCAAAAUAUAUUUUAUAUUUCCAACAGUCUUGAAGGAGUUCCCACAUAUGCUGAGCACUUGUUGGCUGCUUUUUCUUCACUCUGCGGUCCAACUCAUCCCAAACCAUCUUAAUUGGGUUGAGGUCGGGGGAUUGUGGAGGCCAGGUCAUCUGAUGCAGCACUCCAUCACUCUCCUUCAUGGUCAAAUAGCCCUUACACAGCCUGGAGGUGUGUUGGGUCAUUGUCCUGUUGAAAAACAAGUGAUAUUCCCACUAAGCGCAAACCAUGUGGGAUGGCGUAUCGCUGCAGAAUGCUGUCGUAGCCAUGGUGGUUAAGUGUGCCUUGAAUUGUAAAUAAAUCACUGACAGUGUCACCAGCAAAGCACCCCCACACCAUCACCCCUCCUCCUCCAUGCUUCUCAGUGGGAACCACACAUGCGGAGAUCAUCCAUUCAACUACUCUGCGUCUCACAAAGACACAGCAGUUGGAACCUAAGAUCUCAAAUUUGAACUAAUCAGACCAAAGGACAGAUUUCCACCGGUCUAAUGUCCAUUGCUCGUGUUUCUUGGCCCAAGGAAGUCUCUUCAUCUUAUUGGUGUCCUUUAGUAGUGGUUUCUUUGCAGCAAUUCGACAAUGGAGACCAGAUUCAUGCAGUCUCCACUGAACAGUUAAUGUUGAUGUGUCUGUUACUUGAACUCUGAAGCAUUUUUUUGGGCUGCAAUUUCUGGUAAGUCUAAGGAGCUUAUCCUCUGCUGCAGAAGUAUCUCUGGGUCUUCCUUUCCUGUGGCGGUCCUCAUGAGAGCCAGUUUCAUCAUAGCGCUUGAUGGUUUUUGUGACUACACUUGGCAGAACAUGUCUUAAAGCAAUGAUGGACUUUCGUUUCUUUUUGCUUAUUUGAGCUGUUCUUGCCAUAAUAUGGCCUUUGUCUUAUACCAAAUAGGGCUAUCUUCUGUAUACCACCCCUACCUUUUCACAAGGCAAAGGGUUGCUACUUUGAAUAAUCUCAAUUAUAAAAUAUAUUUUGAUUUGCUUAAAACCUUUUUGUCUACAACAUGAUUCCAACAUGAUGAUGAUUGAGUGAGAACAUGAUUGUGUUAUUUCAUAGUUUUGAUGUCUUCCCUAUUAUUCUACAAGGUAGAAAAAAUAAAGAAUGAGUAGGUGUGUCCAAACUUUGACUGGUACAUAUAUAUAUAUAUGAGUUGAAUAUACAAGAAAAAGGUUCCAUGUACACUGAGUAUACCAAAAAAAUAGGAACACCUUCCUCAUAUUGAGUUGCCCCCCUGCAUUUUGCCUUCAGAGCAGCCUCAAUUCAUCGGGGCACAGGGAUGCUGCCCCGUGUUGACUCCAAUGCUUCCCACAUUUGUGUCAAAUUGGCUGGAUGUCCUUUGGGUGGUGGACCAUUCUUGAUACACACAGGAAACUGUUGUGCAUGAAAAAUCAACAGUGUUGCAGUUUUUGACACAAACCAGUGCACCUGGCAUCUACUACCAUUCCCCGUUCAAAGCUGUUCAAAUAUUUGGUCACCCUCUAAAUGGCCCGCAUACACAAUCCAUGUCUCAAUUGUCUCAAGGCUUAAAAAUCCUUAUUUAACCUGUGUCCUCCCUUUCAUCUAUGCUGAUUGAGGUGGAUUUAACAAGUGACAUCAAUAUGGGAUCAAAGCUUUUACCUGGAUUCAGCUGGUCAGUCUAUGUCAUGGAAAGACCAGGUGUCCUUAAUGUUUUGUACACUCAGUAUAUAUGGUUGGUUUGUACAGUAUGUGUGAAUAUGCAGUGUGUGUGUGAAGAAUUGUUCCCUACGACAAAAAAUCUAUAAAAAUACACCUCACAACGGCAGGGACGAGAGGGGGUACACAAGCAUGGCUACACACAAGAGCAGAUCCCAUUUCUUCUCAUUUGAGUUGUGUAUUGUUCUCUCUUGGUUCUCCCCACUCGAGGAAAAACAAAACGUCAAUAUUUUGUUUUCCACCCAUGCAUAUACACACCACCCUGUUCUGCACACGCAUACGCAAAAAUAACCAUUUCAAUCUUCACACACACAAAAGAACACCCUUUCACACAGACUCACAUACCAACUCUAACGAAAUGAAUCCCACAGAGAUUUCUGUAAAUGUUUUAUCUUUCCCUUCUAGUCAAACUGUAUGGAACUUUGACAUUAUUUUAUGUGUUGGUAAUUUCUGUAUAUAAAUUGGGGCAGUGGAUAUUACAAAAUCCUGCUUGAAACUAUUUCAUUCAUUUGAUCACUUUUCUUUUUAAUAUUUUAUUUUCUCAUAGUUCUAUUAAGGUAUAUAUAUUUACAUACAGAUCUUUGUUGGUUUUAUGAGUAGACCUUAUGGUAAGUUGAUUUUGUAGUGUUUGAGAUAGUUAAAGAUUUAGAUAUACUUAAGCUCAUGCUUUUCAUAGAUACAGGUGCACUAUAUUUAAAUUAUAUCUGUUCAAAUAUCAGAUUUUUUUUAAACAAUGCCACAUCAUUUCUCUUUUCAUCUACAAAGGCCUCAGAUCAACAUCUUCUCACGUCAAUAACCGACUGGCCAAAAUACAAGUGAAUAGCAGAGAAAUGUUUGCUGUAGCCACAAGGAAUGAAUUGCCAUAUAUUGAUUUAGCCAAUAUAGGCAUUUUUUCAAGUUUCAAAUGUAAAUCAUUCUCAGCUGCUUUGCUAUAACAUUUCAUGCAUAUUACUCCUAGACACAUGAGUAGAUUGUCAUACAAAUCAACUGAACCCUUAAUCUAUCAUAUUGAAACAACCUAUUUAUUUAUUGCAUUGAGUGACGUGAUAUAAUGCCUUUUCUCUUAGCCUUCCCUUUGAUGCUACCCUUAUGAUGGGGCCUUCCCUUAAAGUUAGCUAUGCCCCUUGACAAGCCAUAACCCCUGAACACCCCUUCCUAUUGUCAAACUUUUAACGGACAUUAGGGAAUGUCACAGACAUUUGUAUGCAGACAUUGUUUUGUGUGUAUACUGUAGAUCAAUGAAAAACAUAUUUAACGAAAUGUUAUGGAGAUUUCAUAUGAAUGUUAAUAGUCUCAUGGUGGUAAUGGUUAUUGUAAUUAGUAUGAUGAUUAUUGUAAUUAUUAUUGCUAUUACAAUGAUUUUAUUGAUAUUUACUUAAUUAUUCAACAGAAAUUGCUUUUAUGUGAAUAAGGGUGAAGUUUAUAUUUCUGGAGAUUUAAAUAAGCAAACAAAUGAAUAAAUAGAUAUAUCCCUAUCCUCCCA